AUGUCCAUGUCCAUCCAGGAUAGUGCCGUCGUCCGAGAUGGCUUCCCCCGGCCGUUCCCCAACACCCCGAACAACGUGCUGGAGCAGCUGAGUCUGAGCGGGAAGGUAGUUGUUGUCACCGGUGCCGCUGAUGGUAUUGGAUAUGCUGUCUCGGAGGCGAUGGCUGAGGCAGGGGCGAAUGUUGCGAUGUGGUAUAACUCCAACGACGUUGCAAUUGAGAAAGCGCAGGGCUUGGCUAAGCUGCAUGGGGCCAAGACCGCUGCAUACAAAGUGGAUGUUUCCGAUGCGGAAGCGGUCCAGAAGGGCAUCGCCGACGCCGUCCAAGAAUUUGGGAAGAUUGACGUUUUUGUAGCCAAUGCUGGAAUGGGCAUCUCCAAGGGGAUUCUCGAGACGACCCUCGAGGAGUACCGCAAGCAGAUGUCGGUGAAUGUCGACGGCGUACUCUACUGCGCCAAGUACGUUGGCGAGGUAUUCCGCCAACAAGGGUUCGGCAACCUGAUCAUCACCUCCAGCAUGAGCGGCCACAUUGUCAACGUCCCCGUUGACCAGCCCAUCUACAACGGUAGCAAGGCUUUCGUGACCCAUUUUGGCAAGUCGAUCGCCCGCGAGUGGCGGGAUUUCGCACGCGUGAAUAUUGUUUCUCCCGGCUUCUUCGAGACGAAGAUGGGCGCCGAGCCGCGUGUGCUCAACGAGGCGUAUCGGAUGUCGGCGCUGGGGAGGCAGGGCCAUGUGAAGGAGAUUAAGGGGUUGUAUCUCUAUCUUGCCAGUGAUGCGUCGUCGUAUAUGACUGGAAGUGAUGUGAUCAUCGAUGGUGGUUAUGUGUUACCAUGA